AUGAAGGGCAAGGAGCGCUCCCCGGCCAAGGCCAAACGGUCCCGGGGCGGCGGCGAGGACUCGGCCUCCUCCUCUUCUUCGGCCCGGGCCGAGCGGAGCAGCAAGAAGCCUGGCGGCUCCGGCGCGGGCGGCAGCAACGGGGGAAAGGCGGCGGGCGGCUCCGGCGAGAGCAGCAGCCGGCGGGGCCUGCACCUGGACAAGGCCAGCCGGGGCGGGAGCCGCGAGUACGAGUCAGGGGCGGCGGCCAGCUCCGGCCGCCACGGCUACAGCAGCAGCAAGAACGCGGAGUCGUCCCGGAGCAGCGGCAGCCGGGGCGGCGGGGGUGAGUCCCGGGCGCCGCCGGCCCCCUCCUCCUCGUCGGAGUCGGCCGGGGCGGGAGGAGGCGGCGGGAGCGGCGAGUACAAGACGCUGAAGAUCAGCGAGCUGGGCUCGGCGCUGAGCGACGAGGCGGUGGAGGACGGGCUUUUCCACGAGUUCAAGCGCUUCGGGGACGUCAGCGUCAAGAUCAGCCGCCUCCCGCCGGGCACCGGUGCCAGCGACGAGCGGGUGGCCUUCGUCAACUUCCGCCGGCCGGAGGACGCCCGCGCCGCCAAACACGCCCGCGGCCGCCUGGUGCUCUACGACCGGCCGCUCAAGAUCGAAGCGGUCUAUGUCGGGGGGAGCAGCCGGCGCCGCAGCAGCCGCUCCCCGGCCCUGCUGGACAAGGAUUCUCAUUCUCCCUACGGGGCCGCGGCCGUGGGCGUGGCGGCUGCAGCGGCCGCAGCUGUCAGGCACCCCCCGGCCGGAGCAACCCAGAGGGCGCUGUCGCCGGCGGGUGGAGGAGGGGGCCUGGGCUACAGAGACUACCGGCUACAGCAACUCGCUCUGGGCCGCCUGCCCCCGCCACCUCCCCUGCCUAGGGAGCUGGAGAGGGAGCGGGACUACGGGGCUUUCUAUGAUACCCGUGUGCGGCCAGCCUAUGGGCUGGAGCGAGUGGCUGGAGUGGCAGCGGCUGGGGGCUUCCGAGGAGGAGGAGGAGGUGCUGGAGUUGCUGGUGAGGAGGAGAUCAGUCCUGAGGAUGAUCAGAGAGCCAACCGCACUUUGUUCCUGGGCAACCUGGACAUCACGGUGAGCGAGUCGGACCUGCGCCGGGCCUUUGACCGUUUUGGGGUCAUCACAGAAGUGGACAUCAAGCGUCCGGGUCGUGGCCAGACCAGCACCUAUGGCUUCCUCAAAUUUGAAAAUCUGGACAUGGCACACCGGGCCAAGCUAGCCAUGUCUGGAAAGGUGCUGCUGCGCAACCCUAUCAAAAUUGGUUAUGGCAAAGCCACUCCUACCACCAGGCUUUGGGUGGGUGGCCUUGGGCCUUGGGUGCCACUGGCUGCCCUGGCAAGGGAGUUUGACCGUUUUGGCACCAUUCGCACUAUUGACUAUCGUAAAGGUGACUCAUGGGCUUACAUUCAGUAUGAGAGCCUGGACGCAGCUCAGGCCGCUUGUGCCCACAUGCGUGGCUUCCCUUUGGGUGGCCCAGACCGCCGCCUCCGAGUGGACUUUGCUGACACUGAGCAUCGCUACCAGCAACCCUACUUGCAACCGCUGACCCUACCACCGCCUGCCCACUAUGAGCUAGUAGCAGAGGCAGCUGCCUUUGGGGCUCACCGUGGGGCUCCCCCAGACCCACUUCGGGGGGCACGGGACAGGACACCACCACUGCUCUAUAGAGACCGCGACAGAGAUCUCUAUCCUGAGGCAGACUGGGUGCCACCACCACCUCCUGUACGGGACAGGAGCAAUCGAGCAGCUGCCUACGACCCACUGGAAAGUUUGGAGCGCCGGCGGGAUGGCUGGUCCCUGGAGCGGGACCGAGGAGAGAGGGAGCUGGGUGGCACCAGCAGCAGUAGGGACCAACCCAGGAAGCGAAGACUGGCAGAGGAUGGUGGCCGGCACUUAGACCGCUCUCCAGAUAGCGAGCGUUCAUCUGUGUCCCGUAAGCGACAUUGUUUGGCCACGGCCUCUCCCCCAGACCGCAGUCCUGACCUUGGUGGGAGCAGGGAGCGCUACGCUAGUGACACAGAACGCUUAUCCUCCCGUUUGCUCCUGCUGGAGCGGCCAUCACCUGUCCGGGAACCACGCAGGGGCAGUCUUGAACGAGGUCCGAAUGAAAAGCGUGACCGGAAAAACUCUGCUGAAAGAGAGAGGAAGCACCGCACCUCCACAGCAGCUGCUGCCCAGGAGUGCAAGAGCCCAGCCAAAAAGGACGAGCGUACCACGGAAGGGGGCAGUGGUGGAGGGUCCCGGCUCAAACCUCCACCCCAGAAGCAGCAGCAGCAAGAUGGAACGUCACAGGCUGGCGGGGCCCCCAAACUAUGCCUGGCUUGGCAGGGGAUGCUCCUGCUGAAGAAUAGCAACUUCCCGUCCAACAUGCACCUGCUUCAGGGGGACCUCAGUGUAGCUAGCAGCCUCCUGGUGGAGGGAGCAACUGGUGGCAAAGUGGCCCAGCUCAAGAUCACCCAGCGUCUCCGCCUGGACCAGCCUAAGCUGGAUGAGGUCACCCGCCGUAUUAAAGUGGCAGGACCCAAUGGUUAUGCCAUCCUCUUGGCUGUGCCUGGCACCUCGGACAACCGCUCCUCAUCUGGGGCCAGUGAUGCUGCCACCACCUCCACACAGAGGCCGCUCAGGAACCUCGUGUCCUAUCUAAAGCAAAAGCAGGCUGCCGGAGUGAUCAGCCUCCCUGUGGGGGGCAACAAAGACAAGGAGAACAGCGGGGUCCUGCACGCCUUCCCACCCUGCGACUUCUCCCAGCAGUUCCUGGACUCCACGGCCAAGGCCCUGGCCAAAUCAGAGGACGACUAUCUGGUCAUGAUCAUUGUCCGUGGUGCAUCCUAAAGCCCUUGUGUUUUCUGUAUCCAACCCUGCCUAUUUCUCCUCCACACAGCCCCUCCAGUGUGUGCCAGGUGCUAUGGGAUACAGCCUUAGCCAACCCCACAAUUAUUUUUAAUUAGAUCGUUAUUUGUAGCCAAUUUUCCCCGCCUGUUUUUCUGUAACUAUAUUUUUCUAUAGUUAGAAGCCAGGAA